AUGAACAGCCACUCUCUCUACCAACUGGAUGAUCAUGUUCCUGGCAAGGAGAGCACCAACACCGCCCGGCGCACGGCCCAAUCAUUGAAACACCAGGCGCUCUCUGGGCAGUCCAAUCAGUCCUGUGUCGCCUCUCAUGAGGAUUGGCUCCGCAUGGAUGCCUUUCCGGAGAAUGUUGCCAACCCCGCUGUUAAAACUGUGUUGCCAGGUCUGCAGGAGCGGAUUGAAAGAACUGCCCAGUUGCUCUACUGCAACAUGUUGCUUCUCCAGGAUUCAGACGUCUCUUCGUUAUUUGACGCAGGAAAAACGAAUACGGCUGAUGAUCUCGCGAAUGCUCCCCAGGCGCACACUCUCGACAAGGCUGAACAAAAGUGGCUGACAGAGGUCAAGGGGGACCCGAUUGAGCUGGAUCGUAUGCAAUGGCUCGUUAUCAAGAUGGUCGAGGAGUUCAUCGCGGACAGCACCAAGGACUCGACCAAAGUUGCCGAGAUUGUCGCCCUUGGACCUGCUUUGCAGAGGGAGCCUUACCGCAAGCUGCUGUCUGCGUUCAUCCGAGACUUUGACGAUUCUCGCAUUCUGGACGUCAACCUGCUCCAAGGUCUUGUCCAGCUGGUCCAGUCUGCCUCGCCUGGGUAUUUGGUAUCCGACGACUUGAUCAAGGUCCUCAGCCUCCUCAGGACCCAUUUGGAGGACACGCACCAGCACUCGUCUGAGCACCUUUGCCACCUCACACUGGCUGUCUCCAUGAUCUUCGAUAUCAUGGCUGACCACAAGGUGAAGGAUUUGGACCGAGUCAUAGAGCACGAGCCAUUGUCUGCCGUUCUGUCAGGACUGAGGGACAGCUCUGAUCCCUACUUGAUGUAUCAGGCUUGUUACGCCUUCCAAGCGCUUCAGUAUGUACCUGAUGAUGAGACUGUUCUGCAGGCAGUAUUGAGGCACUCGACCGGAGUUGUGGAUGGCUUGGUCAAAGUCACAGGUGUCUUCAAGUUGGAUUUGGGGUCGGUUCUGGAAGGAUUGGAAAAGUUGCAAGAGGUGGCCGUCAGUGCGAUUGGGGUGGCCGCUACUGUUUAUGAUGGCGUGAGAUCAUUGCGUGAAAGCGGUCGAGGGGUUUUGGAAAGUCUGAAGGAAGGGUUUGGGUCUGGUCAGAAGAGGCCAUGGUAUCCUGCCAUCCGCGCCGCAUAUGCCUUUGUGCAAGCCGGCCAGUUGAAGGAUCUGAAGCAGCUGAUCUAUGAGGCACCCUGUCGCCAGGAUCCUUUGUUCCAGUGGGGUAUUUGCCAACUGCUGGGCGAGAUUACAGUCGACACUGUAUGGUCUAUUGCCAUACACCAGCAAGCCAUUGACCUUCUUGGUCAUCUCUACAAGGAGGAUCAGGAAUGGGGUCAUGACGAGAGUGUCAAGACAUGGAUGGUGACUAUCCUUGGCACGUUAGGAUCUUCUUCCGACGAAUCCAUCAGUAAAUCCGCCAAUGAUCUGCUGCAGGAGUUCGACUUGGACAACACCCCCAGGACUCAGCGGCCUUACCCAUUGAGAUCCCAUCUCCCUAUCCCAGACUCGUCUCCGAUCCUUGCCAAGGUCCAGAGCAUCCCUUACAUGGAUCUUUUCCAAGAGGCCGUGAUCGCCCCAUUUUCGACAGAGCAGAUCAAGGACUAUGUCGAGCAAUAUGUUCCCCUCGAGCCAAAGACCUGGCGCACAGAGGACUACAUGGACAAGCUGACGACCAUUCCAAACCUCAUGGACCUGGUUAGGAAUCCGUUCCUGCUCUCACUCGCACUGGAAGCACUACCAGGUGUCAUCGAGGGAAAGCAGGAUCUGUCGACUAUCAAAAUCACUCGCGUUCAGCUAUACGACACUUUCGUGGAGCACUGGAGCAAUGUCAAUAAGCGACGACUUCAGAGCAACACGUUGUCAAUGGCAGAUCGCAUUGUGUUCGACGAACUUCUGGACAUGGGAUUUGUUUCCAAGAGCAUUGAAUAUUCCACGAGGCUGGCGUUGGCGAUCUUCGAGAAGCAGGACGGGAACCCGAUUGUCCAGUAUGUUCACGACAAGAACUCCUGGAAAGCGCAAUUCUUUGGACAAGAUGCAGAAGUCCGGAUCCUACGAGAUUCGAGCCCUUUGACCCGCACCGGCAACCUGCACCGAUUCCUUCAUCGGUCCAUGCUCGAGUACUUUCUGUCGCGCGCCAUCUUUGACCCCAGUAAGCGGCAAGACCACGGUGAAUCAACUCAGCAGACGGAUUCUGCUUUGUCGGACGACCAGUUGAUCGAUACCGACGGCCCUUUGUUCACGAGGAACCUUCUCAUUGAGCCCUCUGUGGUCCAGUUCCUGAGCGAUCGCGUAAAGCAGGUCACCUGGUUUAAGCGACAUCUCCUGGCAGUCGUCGAGUUGUCCAAGUCGGACGCCCAAGCGAGCCAAGCUGCUGCUAACGCCAUUACGAUUCUGAUCCGAGCCGGUGUACGAUUCAAUGGCGUCGAUCUUCGAGGCGUUCGUAUUCCUGGAGCGGAUCUGUCCGGUGGUCAGUUUGACUCGGCACAACUACAGCAUGCCGACUUGGCAGGUGUCAAUCUCUCCAAGGCAUGGAUUCGACAGGCCGAUCUCAGCCGUGCAUUCAUGGAUGGGACUCGAUUUGGAGAGUUGCCGUAUUUAGAGGCGUUGAAGAAGGUCUGGUCAUGUGCCUUUUCGCCAGACGCCAAGUUUCUCGCGGCAGGUCUGGGCAACGGCAACAUCAACAUCUACGACACUGCAACCUGGACAAGGAUUCAAACGGCACGGCUUUGGAACAGCGAGACUGGUUCAACCGAUUUCAUUUUGGAGGGACACUCGGACAGGGUGACGGCGGUGGCGUUCUCACCAACGGGCCAGCAGGUCGCGUCGGCUAGUGAUGAUAAGUCGGUUAGGCUCUGGGACGCUCGAACCGGUGCUGCUGUUUUCGUUUUGACCAACAGCGCUGGCAGGGUUACCAGCAUUGCCUAUUCGCCCAACGGAAUCACCAUUGCCACCAGCUGGAAUAAGAUGAUCCGAAUCUUCGACACACUCUCCGGAUUGCUUGUGCUGGAGACUUGCAAGGGCGGCGAUCGGAUUAUGUGUCUGACAUAUUCACUUGAUGACCAGCGAAUCGCUACAGGCUCCUUAAAAGGUCAAUUGCAACUGUGGGAGGCAGCAGCGACCACCCUGGGGCCCAAACGGACAUGGACUGCACACAUGGAAGAAAUUGCCAGCAUCGCCUUUUCACCCGACGACCGAUGGAUCGCGUCAUGCAGUCGAGAUCGUACAGUGAAGCUGUGGGAAUCCCAUUCUGGCGCACUUAUCUCAUCAUUUGUCAACCAUACGGGCUUUGUCAACUGCAUUCGGUUUUCACCAAGUGGCUGGUAUAUCGCCUCAGCAAGUGACGACAAGACUCUGCGACUGUGGGAGUUGAACUCUUUAAGCCUAGGACUUGACUCUUACGACUUACCAGAUCCACAGGGAUGUGCAACAUACUCUUUGGACGGACGGCAGCUCAUCACUGGCAGUCAACAGAAACCCAUGCGACAACUCAACGCGGAUUCGGGAGACGUCGACUUUGUUUUUCCUGAUCACCUGCACAACGUAAACUGCAUUGCAUUCUCCCCGGACGGCCUCCAGAUAGCCAUUGGUGGUGUUGCGCAGGAAGUGACUCUAUGGAGCGUUGAAUCCCGCGCUGUCUCUUUUGUUCUUCGUGGGCACAAGUCCCGUGUGAAUACUGUGGACUUCUCACCUUGCGGUCGCUGGCUUGCUUCAGGCAGUGAGGGCUCGGAGGUGCGGCUUUGGAAUACUCGUUCAGGAGCAGGCGGUCGUGUUUUGAUUGGCCACUCGGGAUGGGUACAGAGUGUUGCUUUUUCUCCGGAUGGUUGUUGGAUUGCAUCAGCAUGUAUGGAGGGAAAGGUCCUACUCUGGGAGGCAGGCACUGGCGAACUCAAGGCAGAUAAAGCGAUCGAUAUCGGUUGUCUCAGACGGAAUUAUGUCGCUUAUAUGCCCGGCUGCCUCCAGGUCGCCUCCUGCCACGGAGACGGAGCCAUUCGAUUAUGGGACGACGAGCAGCAACUUCAAGGCUUCCGAUAUAUUUUGAAGCAGGACCAGGAGUGCUACAAAUUUGCGUUCUCAUCCUGCGGCCAGUGGGUAGCAACAACCCACAGCACCAGUGUUCGACUCUGGCGACUGCUAUCCUCGUAUCAGGAUCGGGAGGCGCUACCAUUGCAGGAUCAGGAUUGUAUGUCAACCAUUGAAGGGUUCACAGAAGCUGUUAACGACAUUGUUUGGAGACCCAACAAGUUGGAGUUUGCGACGACAAGUGCUGAAGGGUCGAUUCGUGCCUGGCGGGUGGUGGAGGACAGUAAUGGGUCAGGAAGAGUGUCUAUUCGUCUGUUGUGGUCUUCUGGACCUGCUGUGCUAGUCGCUUCUGGUGUCAUCCUCAAUGAUGUUAUUGGUCUCGGUGCGAUGAAUCGUAUGUUGCUCGUACAGCGCAGCGCUACUGGACCGGCUUCAUCCGACUAG